UUGGCGCGCGGGUUUGCAGGCUGCUCCGGAGUUCCGUCCGGGGAGUGCGGCUGCGCCUGUGCCCUCGUUCGCCCCUGUGCCCCGGCUAUGCCUGCCGAGCGCCUGCAGCAGAGCGGCGGACUUGAGGCGGCAGAGAUGGCUCAGCCCCCAGACGACACCCCGGUGAUCACCCCAGCCAUGCUGGAAGAGGAAAAGCAACUCGAAGCAGUCGGUCUGGAGAGAGAGCGGAAAAUGCUGGAGAAGGCUCGCAUGUCUUGGGAUAGAGAUUCUAAUGAAAUUCGCUACAAGAGACUUCAACAUUUACUUGAAAAAAGCAAUAUAUAUUCCAAAUUUUUGUUGACCAAAAUGGAACAACAACAAAUGGAGGAACAGAAGAGGAAAGAGAAAUUGGAGCGAAAAAAGGAGGCUUUAAAAAUUUCAAAGGUAAUCUGUUAA